AUGGACGAGGACCGUCACCAUGGCCCGCACAUGGUCGAGCUCGCCGUCGUCUGCUCCGAUGCGGUGCUGGGCCAACAACCUCCGCCUCCAUGGCUCCUAGCUUAAUAAGAAUAAGCAUAAUGGCAGAUGGCUAAAACAUUACCUUCAUCUAACAUUGGCUCUUCUGUUUAUAAUACAAGUUGCAACCUCAGAGUUCUAGAAAAAUUGUCUUUCAUUUAUACUAUAGAUGAUAUAUGUGAACUAUCGAAGUUGACUACCAUGCCCAUGAAGCUAAGGGUGAUCGACGAGGACUACCGCGGCCUAGUGGGCCUUGCGCUAUUCAACCACUCAGAGGCGGACUUCGCCGUGAAGCCCGGCGACUACGUCGCACAGAUGAUCGUCCAGGUGAUCGUGACGCCGAAGGUCGCCGAGGUGGAGGACCUCGACGCCACCGUCCGGGGGAGGGAGGAUUCGGGUCCGCCGGCGUCUGAACUUCGAGCCUUGGUAGAUACAUCUAAAGAAGUGUUGAGAUGGUUCUAUGACCUUUCAGUUGAGAUGGUUCUGUGA